UUCGUCAGAGUAACAAUGUCGGUUCGCGCCGUUUCCUGUCCCUGAAAACGUAAAAAAUAAAAGAUAAAAUUUACAUCACUGGAUGUAGAUAACAGAAAAAAUCAGGAUAUAUCUUCAAAUUUAAGAAUAUUGUUAUUUUCUUGACAAGGUGUCGUGACGAGACGAAGACAGAGGUUCUAGUCAUUCGAAUAGAAAGUGAAGCAUCACCAUGAGUGUGAUAGCUAGAGGGACAACCAAAGCGGUGAAGAUUAUCUACCCGCCUGGCUGUAAGGAAGUCACAGAGGAGCUUGGUAAAGAUGAGCUUGUCAGGAGGUUAAAGUUGAUAGCAAGAGCGUUCCAAGAUAUGGGUCAGGAUGACAAUGACCAGUUCACAGGACUGGCUCUACAUCUGGCAACCGAUUUCUUCCUUGAGCACCAUAACAAGGAUGUACGACUUCUUGUAGCUUGUUGUAUUGCUGAUGUAUUCCGGAUAUUUGCUCCAGAAGCACCCUACAGAGAUGCUUCACAUUUGAAGGAUAUUUUCAUGUUCCUGAACAAACAGUUGAGAGGUUUAGAAGACCCAAAUUCACCAACAUUCAAGCGAUACUUCUACCUUCUGGAGAAUUUAGCGUGGGUGAAAUCUUUUAACAUCUGUAUUGAGCUUGAUGACAAUCAGGAAAUAUUCUGCAGUCUCUUCAAACUGAUGUUUUCAGUAAUUAAUGAGAAGCAUACGACUAAGGUGAAGAAUUUCAUGUUAGACAUGAUGUCACCAUUGUUGACGGAGGCUGAUCUUGUAUCACAGGAACUUCUAGAUAUCCUUCUCAUCAAUAUUGUAGAGCCACAAAAGAGUCAGAACAAGCAAGCAUAUGGACUUGCCAAAGAUCUUCUCAUAAGGACGUGUAAUUCUAUAGAGCCUUACAUACAGAAUUUUUUCAACAACGCUUUGAUGCUUGGGAAGACAUCAGAGAGUGAGCUAUCGGAACAUCUGUAUGACUUGAUUUAUGAACUGAAUGCUGUCUGUCCAUCUGUAUUGUUAGCAGUUCUCCCUCAGCUUGAGUUUAAACUGAAGAGCAAUGAAGAGACAGAGAGGAAACAGGUGACUAAGAUAUUGUCCAAGAUGUUCUCAGAUCCAGGAUCUAAUCUGGCAGAACAGAACAAGCCUCUGUGGAUCUGUUUUCUUGGCAGGUUUAAUGACAUCAGUAUUUCUGUAAGAACUAUCUGUGUGCAGUCAGCUGCGAACUUUGUCCUGCAUCAUCCAGAACUUGUCAAAGAUGUUAUUGAGCAAGUGAAGAUACGUCAGCAUGAUGCCGAAGAGACUGUGCGGCAAGAAGUGGUGAAUACACUGUUAAAUAUAGCCAAGAAAAACUUCAGUUCAACAACAGUGGAAAUGCUGGAUAUUAUCAAGGAGAGAACUAGAGAUAAAAAGUUCAAGAUCAGGCGAGAUGCCCUGAAUGGCCUGGGUCAGCUCUACAAGGUUGUCACCACGGCCGAAACGGUUAGUGAGGAACAUCUAAAGAAGAUUAUCUGGGUGAAAGACAAGGUGUUCCAUGCUUACUACCAGCAAAACCCUGAAGAUAGGUUACUGGUUGAGAGGCUAUUUAACAUCUGCUUGGUACCUUACCAGUUACCUGUCACUGAGAGAAUGAAACGGAUGUUUCAGCUAUAUGCUACUCUCGAUGAACCCGCUACAAAAGCAUUCCAUGAAAUGAUGAAGCAUAGGCACACGGUACGUACAUGUGUGAAGUUUUUACUGGAUGGUCUAGACAGGAUGACAGCAAAUCCAAGAGACCAUGUUAUCUUCUUGCCCAAACUUCAACAGAUUGCUCGAACAUUGCCAGAUGCACAGAAGUCAUUGGAGCAAGUGAAGAUAUUCAAUGAGCUAAUGCGAGAUGAUCGUAGAAUGCGCUCCCUGAUGAGAUACCUUGUCAGCACGGAUUGUAACUGUCGCAAAGCCAAUGAAAAUGUUAAAGAUGUGUUGAAGAAACUUGGUGGUAACAGUGUGGGUAGCAGUCAAGUGCAGGCUAUGUUGUACAACACGAUCAAGUCUCUACUAGAACGUGUUGCCCCAGUCAUGGUGGAUAGCAGUGCAAUAGCUGUUCUAGUCAAACAUGUAGACGAUGCUGUGAAGGGUCAGGGAACUAUUGCUGACGGUAUCAGUAAGGCUGGAGAGAAAGGAGCUCAGCUCAUGCUGUGUCUGUCUGGUGUGUUUCCACAAUACUUCAAAGGGGAGGAAACCUUUGAUACUCUUAUAUCAUUCCUGAAAGAUGAAGAUGAAGUUGUUGCUGAUGUAACACUACAAGUGUUUGCCAACUGUGGUCUUAGUUUGGAGGCAGAAUAUCCUGAGAUAUUUGCGAAAUUGCUGCCAAUUCUUCAGCAUACAGCAAAGAUAGGGAAUCCAAAACAGGCCAAACAUUCUCUGAGAUGUAUAAACAGCAUUGCUAAAACCAACAGAGAAGCUGCCUUGUCACAGGUGUUUGAGUAUGUGAAAAACAAUUUAAAACCUGAGUCAGCAAACUACAUCACCUCUAUUGUGGCUCUUGGGCAUAUCUCAUACAUGUGCCCUGAAGAGUUUGCACAGAGCAUGAAGACCAUAGUCUCCAAGGAUAUCGUCAAAGAUCUUCUCAUGCAAGACAGAACUCAUGGGCGUCCAGUAAUGGACAGUUGGUAUGGGGAUCAUCUUGUCACUGAGGAAACAAACGCAAAGAUACAAGCAAUGAAGUUGUUGGUACGAUGGCUGAUUGGUUUAAAAAGUAAUGUUAACAACUCCUGUACAUCUACAUUGAGAUUAUUGUAUACUGUAAUUGUACAUGAGGGAGAUUUAAUGGAGAAGGGACUUAUCAAUAAACCAGAGUUAGCACGAUUACGUCUCCAGGCUGGUUGUGCUAUUCUUAAACUUGCAGAGGAAUCUGUGUUUGCAGAUCUGCUUCAGAGGGAACAGUUCCAAGCCCUGGCUUUACUUAUUAAUGACAGUUGUUACCAUGUACGCGUGAAGUUUGCUGACAAGCUACACAAGGGAUUGUACUCCCUGAAACUGCCGCUAGAGUUCAUGUCCAUCUUCAGUUUAGCUGCUAACGAUCCUGUCAGGGAGAGACGCACCAGUAUAAAACGCUACAUCCAGCUUAACAUACAGCGACGGAGGGACUUCCUAAAACAAAAUCCAGCUUUGGGAGGGAAGAUGUUUUUGUACCUACCUGAUUAUGUCAUGCCCUACACAGUUCAUCUGUUAGCACAUGAUCCUGAUCUCAAGUCAUUUGAGGAUGUUCAAGCACUCAAAAACAUCAAAGAAUGUCUAUGGUUUAUAAUGGAGCCACUAGUUGCUCGCAGUGAGGACUAUAACUACCAUUUCUUCCGGCGUCUGAUAGAAAACAUCAAACAGGCAAAAGAUGCACAGGAACCUGAAGAUGAGGAGACAAAUAAGAAACUGUAUGCUGUAUGUGACCUGGCUCUAGGCUUGUUACAGAAGAACCUCACCAACAUUGUACUGAAAGAUGAAAAUGUGGACCCAGUUCUACCGUGUAAACUCUUCACUAAGCCAGAAAAGGGAGCAUUGAAUAGUGUUGUUUACUUGCCAAAAGAUUUCAACUUUGAGAAGAAAAAGGGCCUCACAGAUACGACACAUGUAGCACCACAGACGACCAAUUACAGACGUCGGCAAGAACAGCCCACACUGGAAACUAUAAUUGUGAAAAGUCCUGGACCUGUAGUAAAUCCAUACCCUACGUGCCCUAAGGAACAAAGGGAACCUAAGGCUAAAAGAAAGAAGGAAGAAACUUCUCAGGAUUCUACAGAAUCUAGGGAGUCGGAGCCUGCAGCUAAAAAAAUAUCUAAGACAAGAUCGCAGAGUGGAACAGCGGAAGAUAUGGAGGAGGCUAGUGAAUCAGGAGACGUAGAUACAGCCUCUUCAGUAGGCUCUGAAUCUGGGGCAGAGUCCAAGCAGCAAGCACCUGCUAAAACUAAACCUGUAAAAGGGAAAGGGAAAAAGACUGCAGCAAAUAAUAAAAAUAAUGCAGCAAAAAGUUCUCAAGACACAAGUGAAGUGAAUAGUGAAGAUUCACAGGAGGAUAUGGACACAUCUCAGGAAGCUAAGGAUACAAGUUCCCAGGAUUCUGAAAAUACCACACCCCCACCUCCUAAAAAGAGGAUAUUAAAACGUACUGUGGCUGAAGCAGAGAAACUCAAAGCUCAGCAAGCAAAUAAAAAAACAACAGAGAAAUCUAGUGCAAAUGACUCCAAAGAUAAAGGGCAGACUGAGAAAAAAAGUGCACAGAAGAAGGGAAAAGGGGUUGUGAAUGGGGCAGGUAAAGGGGGUAAAGGUGCAAAAAGGACAGCUGCUCCAGAAACUGAUUCUGAUCAAAGUGAGGAUUCUGUGUCACCAAAGAAAAGGAAGUUUAAUUUGGAGAAAGAUGCUGUCCCAGCUCCUAAACUGGGAAGAAAAGUAGCCACUUCAAAAAAGAAAAAAACUGAGGAGGAAGAGGAGUCAAAUGAAUCUUCAUCAAAUCCAUCAACACCUGAUGAUACUUCACAGGAGAGUUUCAAGUCACCUAAUUCACCUGCCCCUAAAGCCACUCCAAAACGAGGGCGUGUCACAGCAAAAGCAAAUACUGGGGCCAAAGGGAGAGCAAAGUCGCCAUCUACGUCACCUGCAUCAUCUCCACGCAGUUCAGCAAGUAGCAAAGCCUCAACACAGUCUUCAAAGUCGACUCCAGAGAAGAAACAGACAGGGAAAACUCCAAAACCUACUGCAAAAGCUACUGUCACUGUGAACAAAAAUGUGCGGCGUGCUAAGACAAUGACAAAUGGUACAGCAAGUUCAGAUACUGAUUCCAGCCUGACACCAAAGAAAGCCACAGCUCUGGCUAGAAUUAUAAAGAAAGGAACUCUUGGAAAAGAGACAAAAAAAGCAGCAGCUGGAAAAGGAAAGAAGAAAUGAACACAAUAAUGUUUUUGGAGAAGUUAUGUCCUGUGUCGUGAAGCCUAUUUUAAUUUUGCCACGAGACAAAACUGGUGUAGACUUCUACUUAAGUGAACAUUACUGUUUGAAAUAUUGUUAUAGUCAACAGUAAUUAAAGCUUAUUUUGGCGAAGUGUUGACAAUGAUGCACACCAACUUUUAGCAACUGAUGUGACUACCUAUUCAGAAUAACUACAGUUUUAAGAACUCCAAAUAGAUAUAGGCAAACUGGGUGUAUCCAAGAUAUUUUACAGAAUGGGAUUGUGUUGUUUGGAAUAGAGAAGAUCUUACCUGCACAGCGUCGCCGAUAUUCCCGAAGAAGUGGUUGUGGAGAUCAAAAGCACAUGUUAAAGUAGAAAGGGUGAUGGUUACGUAAGAACUGAACAAGAGACCUAUUCUAUUGGUUAAGAAUUUGAUACAAAGUUGCUUCCAAGUUUAGAAGAAAAUCAUAGAAUUGAUUCUUUUGUUAGUUGCCAGAUUUGUUGAUUAUAUUCUCAAUGAAAUUGUUUUGCAUGUGAAAAGUAAACCAAAGGUCUGGUAUAUUGCUCUUGGUUAUUUGCUGAUGAGACUUAAGCAUUGACCUUGAUAAGCUGGUAUAUAUAAUCCUGGGUUAUGGUUAUGUGAAAAAGGCAGUAUAAUCAAGUUGGUGAAGUCAGUACAGUCCCAUUAGGGAAUGUAGCAGGUCAUUGCAAAUAGAAUAAAAUCAAGAUGGACUUGGAAUAUGCCUUGAAUACUUGAUUGUCUAAUUUUCCAUUUAAUUAUUGAAUAUAUUCAUUAACUGUUCUGUUUUAAAUGUGUGUACAUAGUUAAUAUUACCAUUCAUUGUUUAUCACUGUAUUAAUUUAAGCCAUUUUGCUUACUGUCUGUUUUGCCAGGGCCAAUGAAUACUUUAACCCUUAUCCUGCUAAAUUUCUAUAAUGAACUUGUCCAUCUUUUGUUUUGGACAGUACCAUUAAAUGUUAAAAGGAGUGCUAACCAAAAAGAUACUGACUGAAUGGCUCCAGUGCAGAUCUUGAUCAGACUGCACAGAUGUGAUCUUCACUGGUCGCAAAGGCAGAAUUAGUCCUGUCCAGCAUGGUAAGGGUUGAAAUAUAAUUUUACAUAAAUAUGUGGUCAUGCAGUAUAAAUGAUGUAUAUGUGUCCCACUAUUCUCUCACAGUUUCAGCUACUUACACAAAACCUGUAUUCAUAUAUUUUUAGGGCACUACUGUUAACCUUUUUGACAAAGAUUUGCAUGCAUUAUUGCUUUAAGACACAUACUGAAUGAGUAAUAGAUGUAAAACUAAAAUAAUUUAUAAUAAUAUACUUACAUCUGUUCUAAACUUACUUUUUGAGUUACCAUGACAUGACGUCUGAACAGUAUCUUUAUUAUGAAAUACUCUGGGAUCAAAUUGUUGAUAUGUAAUUUUGUUUUCAAUUAAUAAGCUGACAAAGACACAUGAUACUGUGGAGCAAAUGAAAGUCAUAUUGUGACUUAGCAAGAAUUCAGGAAAUUAAAACAUUAUUUUCUCUGAGGAUUAUUACAGUUCUUGUCAAGGCUCCAGACAUUUUGUAUUUCUUCUUUGCUGGAUGCUUACCAUUUAUCAAGGUUCUGAGCCUGUGUUCCUUUCCUUCCCAAAGAUGUCAUGUCUUGAACAGAUAUGAAUUUGGUAUUUGUGUUUAUUGUAUCUGCUGCCUCAGUGCACUUAUUAAUAUUCCUUAGUAACUUUCCAGCAUCACUUGCAAGGCUGCAUUAACAUCCUGGUUUGUAGUAAUCUACAUUUAUGAAACCCAUGUUUUAUGUCACAUUAGCAGUUAUGCUUUGCAUAUGAAUAUAGAUUUGUGUUUUAGAUCUGAUUAUGUAAGUUACAGAAUCUUGGAAGCUAUAAGUUACAGAAUCUUGAAGCUAAUUAGUAUACCAAACAGUAUCUCGAGUUGAGUGUUAAUGUUUUGUUUAUAUACAUGUUUUAUUAAAUCUAACCAGUUUUCAUUAUUCUUUUCUUGAGAUUUUUUUUUAUGAUUUAAGGAUUUAAAAUCUAUCACAUGUAUGUGAAUAUAAAACAAAAUGAUAGUACUAUAAGUUCAAAAUGGGGAACUUACAGUUUGUCAUGGUCUCUAGUUUAACAUUUUGUGGUAGUUUUAUUUUUUUUUAUCAAUUUUAAUUAAUUGUCUAUACAAUCCUCUAUUUAUUUUAACACCUGUCAGUGUUUAUUUUUGUCAUGCACUGGUGUUGGGCAUGGAUUUAAUGGAUUUAUGUUCAGGAUUUUGUAGGAGUUGCAUUUGCUAGAGUAUAAAUUUUGGCACAUUUAAUUUAUGAGAAUUAAAGUUUAGUUGUUUGUAGAAUAUAUGAAACACUUAUUAUUAAUCUUUGUCAGAUACAGUGACAUUUUCCUGGUAUAUUUUACUGUGAACAAAUGUACAGAGUUUAGAGUACAUCAAGGGCUUCUGAAUUUUAUUAGGUUAUUCAACAUUGGUCAAUACCGCAACAUUAUUCAAUACCGCAAUAUAUUGAGGCAUGUACCCAUUUGUUCAUGUUGAGCAGACAGACUUUUCAUCUGAUUAAUAUUGAGAUUCAAAUCAGAAAUAUGGAUCAAAAGGGAUUAUCACAUGGUACAAAGCAGAUAGAUACAAAAUAAUAGUUUUGUGUAAAUCUUUAAUCCCCCGCCAUGGCGGAGGGAUUAUAGGAAUGGUCUGCGUCCUUCCGUCCGUAACAAAAUCGUGUCCGGUCCAUAUCUUUUGAACCCAUUGACAUAUUUCCAUUAUAUCAACAACAAAUGUUAAACUCACCAAGGCGAUGUGCAGAACCCAUAUUCCAACGGUGCUGGGUCAAGGUCAAAGUCACACUUGGGGAUCAAAGGUCAUGGGGUGAUAUUUCGUGUCCGGUCCAUGUCUUUUGAACCCCUCGACAUAUUUCCAUUAUAUUAACAACAAAUGUUAAACUCACCAAGGCGAUGUGCAGAACCCAUGUUCCAACUGCGCUGGGUCAGGGUCAAGGUCACACUUGGGGAUCAAAGGUCAUGGGGUGAUAUUUCGUGUCCGGUCAAUAUCUUUUGAACCCCUUUACAUAAUUCAAUUAUAUUAACACCAAAUGUUUAACUCGCCAAGGCGAUGUGCAGAACCCAUGUUCCAACUGCGCUAGGUCAUGGUCAAGGUCACACUUGGGGAUCAAAGUUCAUGGGAUGAUAUUUUGUGUCUGAUCUCUAACUUUUUAACACCUUGAAGGAAUUUUAUAAAACUUGGGUCAAAUGAUCACCUCAUUAAGACGAUGUGCAGAACCCAUAAGUCAGCCAUGCCGGCUCAAGGUCAAGGUCACAACUUAGGGUCAAAUGUUUGAGCCUUCCAUUUUGUGUCCGCUCUAUAUCUCCUAAACCCCUUGAAGGAUUUUCAUGAAACUUGGGUCAAAUGAUCACCUCAUCAAGACAAUGUGCAGGACCCAUGAGUCAGCCUUGUCGGCUCAAGGUCAAGGUCACAACUCAAGGUAAAAGGUUUGAGCCUUCCAUUUCGUGUCCGCUCUAUAUCUCCUAAACCCCUUGAAGGAAUUUUAUAAAACUUGUGUCAAAUGAUUACCUCAUCAAAACGAUGUGCAGAAAUUAUGAGUCAACCAUGCCAGCUCAAGGUCAAGGUCACAACUAAGGGUCGAAGGUUUGAGCCUUCCAUGUUGUGUCCACUCUGUAUCUCCUAAACCCCUUAAAGGAUUUUCAUCAAACUUGGGUCAAAUGAUCACCUCAUCAAGAACUCAUGAGUCAGUCAUGUCAACUCAAGGUCAAGGUCACAACUGAAGGUCAAAGGUUUCAGCUCUGUAUCUCCUAAACCCCUUGAAGGAUUUUCAUGAAACUUGGGUCAAAUGAUCACCUCAUCAAGACGUUGUGCAGAAUUUAUGAGUCAGCCAUGUCUGUUCAAGGUCAAGGUCACAGCUAAAAUCAAAGGUUUACCCUUUCACUAUCCAUAGCAGUGGCGGGGGAUUUAGCUGUCUUUCAGACUUCCUUGUUCAUAUUAGUGCAAGUGAUAUAGUCUUUUUUUAGCUCACCUGAACCAAAGGUUCAGGGUGAGCUAUUAGUAUGGGGUGGAUGGUCCGUCAUCCACAUUUUUACUUAAACAUCUUCUCCUCUGAAACUACUGGUCAGAAUAACACCAAAUUUGGUCUGUAGCAUCCUGGUGUCCGCUAUCAAAUUUGUUCAAAUGGGGGCAUUGGCCCCUUUUAGGACCAGCAAGAGCUAAAAAUAGAAAAAACCUUUAAACGACUUCUCGUGAAUCGCUUGAUGGAUCUUCAUCAAACUUGGUCUGUAGCAUCAUUAUAAGGUCCUCUCUCAAGUUUGUUCAAAUGGGGGUAUUGGCCCCUUUUAGGGGUCGAGGUGAAAAUAGAAAUACCUUUAAACAACUUCUUUUCAUGAACUGCUUGAUGGAUCUCCAAACUUUGUCUGUAGCAUCAUUAUAAGGUCCUCUUCCAAGUUUGUUCAAAUGGGUGCAAUUGGCCCCUUUUAGGGGCCGCUAAAAAAGGGGCAGCUAGAGCUUAAAAUAGAAAUACGUUUAAACGUCUUUUUCUCAUGAACUGCUUGAUGGAUCAUUAUAAGGUCCUCUCCCAAAUUUGUUCAAAUGGGGGCACAUGGCCCCUUUUAGGGGCCGCUAGAGCUAAAAAUAGAAAUACCUUUAAACGUCUUCUUAACAUGAACUGCUGGAUUGAUCUUCAUCAGACUUAGUCGAUAGCAUCAUUAUGUGGUCCUCUAUCAUUUUUGUUCAAAUUGGGGCAGUUGGCCCCUUUUAGGGGCCACUAGAGCUAAAAACAGAAAUACCUUUAAAUGACUUCUUCUCAUGAACCGCUUGAUGGAUCUUCAUCAAACUUGGUCUGUAGCAUCAUUAUAAGGUCCUCUCACAAUUUUGUUCAAAUGGGGGCACUUGGCCCCUUUCAGGGGCCGGUAGAGCUAAAAAUAGAAAUACGUUUAAAUGACUUCUUGCCAUGAACCGCUUGAUUGAUCUUUAUCAGGCUUGGUCUAUAGCAUCAUUAUAUGGUUCUUUCCAAAGUUUGUUCAAAUGGGUGUACUUGGCCCCUAUUAGGGGCCGAUAGAGCUAAAAAUAGAAAUACGUUUAAACGACUUCUUAUCAUGAACCGUUUGAUGGAUUUUCAUCAAACUUGGUCUGUAGCGUCAUUUAUCAUUAUAAGGUCCUUUCUCAAGUUUGUUCAAAUGGGGACACUUUUAGGGGCUGUUAGAGCUUAAGAAAUUUUCUUCUCAUGAACUGCUCGAUGGAUCUUCAUCAAACUUGGUCUGAAGCAUCAUUAUGUGGUCCUCUCCCAAGUUUGUUCAAACGACUUCUUUCCAUGCACUGCUUGAUGGAUCUUCAUUAAACUUGGUCUGUGGCAUCAUUACAUUGUCCUCUCCAAAAUUUGUUCAAAUGGGGGCACUUGGCCCCUUUAAGGGGCCGCUAGAGCUAAAAAUAGAAAUACCUUUUAAACAACUUCUUAUCGUGAACUGCUUGAUGGAUCUUUAUCAAACUUUGUAUGUAGCAUAAUUAUAUGGUCCUCUCACAAGUUUGUUCAAAUUGGGGCACUUGGCCCUUCUAGGGGCCACUAGAGCUUAAAAUAGAAAUACUUUUAAAAGUCUUUUUAAUUUAAAGCUUUUUUUU